GGCGGGAGCGGCGCUUGGUGCCGGCCGCGGGCAUAGGGGGCGGCCCCGCGGCUGUCUGUGACCCGGUCAGAGCCGGCGGAGGAGGGAAUUAGCGCUGGGAUCGCUAAAUCCGGAACGGAAAGGCGUGACGGCCCACGCGUGGGCUGCUGGCAGCAGCGGGGGGAGGAGCUGCUGUCCCUGACUUUUCUUUAACCUCGUGGAUAGAGUGAAGAGAAACAGCGCUGUGUCCAGGAGGAGCUGAAUGCUGAAACAGUGGAGGUGCUGCUCACAAGCAGGUGGCCAGACCAUGGGUGACAUACAGAAGGCUCAACCUCAUCUGGAAAGGCCUACGAGAGGUGACUUGCCAUUUACCUCCAGAAGGCCCAGUGCAGAUACCCUCUGUGACUCUGAUGAAAGACCAGACUGCAAGCAGGAGCUGGAGAUGGAAAAUGAGGUGAAGCUGUCUUUUGGAAAGAGGCAGGGAAAGGGAGCUUCCCCUGUGAUGGCAGAGUGGGAGUGCGAGGAUGGUGGCAGCACUCCCAUUGCUGAGGUAGUCCUUGCUGGGGACAGGCCAGACCCUCCCACGUGUGGGAAUGGCACCAUUUGGAUUCAGCAGGUGGGGGAGAAAGCCUAUGAGUGUCCUGAAUGUGGGAAGAGCUUCAGCCGGAGCUCGUAUCUCAGCCAGCACCAGAGGAUCCAUCUGGCAGAGAAACCCUUCAGCUGCUCUGAAUGUGGGAAGAGUUUCACCCGCAACUCAGACCUGAUCAAACACCAGAGGAUCCACACAGGUGAGAAGCCCUACCAGUGCAACGAGUGUGAAAAGACCUUCAGCCAGAAGUCCAAUGUGAUCAGGCACCAGCGGACCCACACGGGGGAGAGACACUACCAGUGCAAUGAAUGUGGGAAGAGCUUCAGCCAGAACUCACAUCUCAUUGUCCAUCAGAGAAGCCACAAAGGUGAGAAACCAUUUCAUUGCCUACGGUGUGAGAAAAGCUUCAGCGACCGCUCCUCCCUGAUCAUACACCGGAGGGUCCACACCGGAGAGAAGCCCCACAAGUGCCAGGUAUGUGGGAAACGCUUCCGGGACAGCUCAGCCAUCAUUCGGCACCAGAGCAUCCACACAGGAGAGAGACCAUAUAAGUGCACUGAAUGUGGGAAGAGCUUCCGCCAGAGCUCCUCGCUGGUGACCCACAUGAGGACGCAUACAGGAGAGAAACCCUACAAGUGCUCUGAGUGUGGGAAGAGCUUCAGCCAGAGCUCGGCACUCACCACACAUCGCCGCAUCCACGGGGGAAAAGUGUUGCCCCUGUACCGUGGCAGCCUCUUGCCCAGCCCCUACCAGUGUGCUGAGUGUGGCAGGAGGUGCAGUGACCGCCCCGCUCUCAUCAAGCACCAGACCACGCACGCGGAGGAGCGGCCCUACAUCUGCGUGGAGUGUGGGGACAGCUUCCGUCGGAGCUCAGCACUCAACAUCCACUUGAGGAUCCACCGGGGGGAGAGACCCUAUAAAUGUGAGGAAUGUGAGAAAACCUUCCGGCAUAGCUCAGCUUUGGGCGCACACUUGAGGAUCCAUGCAGGAUCUAAGCCCUAUGAGUGUGGUGAGUGUGGGAAAAGCUUCCGGAAAAGUUCCACGCUUAAAGUGCAUUUGAGAAUCCAUGUGGCCAAGAAACCUUAUAAAUGUACUGUGGGUAGGAGGACUCUCGCUUCCUGCUCUCUCCUCCCGUAGGGUUGGUUGGGGGCAGGAAACAGGAGCAGAAUUCCAUUGUGUCUGAGGGCAUGUGAAAAAUAUGAGUGCUGAGAAUUGCAGUGGCAAAAGGGUAAGGAGACGCUGUAGCAGCUCUACUGCCGGGGCUGGGUGCUUAACCCUGAUGGUACAUUAAAUUAUGAGGUCAAGGAGCUUAUCCUAGGAGUUGUGUGUUGGCGGUUUAGAAAGAGUACUGAGAGCUGAGGGGAAACAAGUUCUGUGCAACUUGGGGACUGUGAGCAUGCGGUAGAAUACGAGCAGAAGAAUUGGGCUUUCUAAAGAACUUUUUCAACUAAGUGAAAGAUCAAAUUUGAAAGGUCCAAGCUGGCUCUCAUUCAAAAUUCUGGCUCAUUAGGCACUGUAGUAGAUGUAGAAACUCAUAUUUUCCAUGAACAUGGUGAGUUGACCCCACGUUUGAGCAGCACUUCCAACUCCUUCAGUCCAAAACUCAGAAGCUGAACCUCAACCCAUUCUGUUUUUCAAUCCUCUGUUCCAAAUCCUACAUGGGACAAUGAAUUCCUACAUCCAUACACAGCAUCUGGGUGACAAAAUGGCUGAGUAAAGCAAAACUGACGGAGCUGUUCCCACAACACUUGGAUGUGCAGACGUAGACAGUUGGAACACUGCCUGUUAGCGGUGUUGGGCAGCUUUGUCCUCCUGGGUUUUUAACACGUUCCUGUUAGGGACAUCAAUAAAACAUGGGCAAAACUGUGGCCUUACUUUGUUUAACCAAAAAGAGUGGUUCCCCCUAGACGUGUGUGUGUAUGAUGGUAGUCAGGAGACUGUGAUUUUGUAGUCCUUUUUGUGAGAGAACUCAUCUUUAACUCCCUAUUACUUGUGCUUUUGUAAUGUGUAAAGCUCGCUGUUAUUCCUAUAUUGACAUGUAGUACUGUGGCAAUGACUGCAUUACAGAAACCUCCUCUAUAUUGCUGUGUUUUGUUACGAAGGAUGCGUUUCCAUCCUAAAUAAACCUUUUUUCUCUUUA